AUGGCUACUCCAGAUGCACCAUGGACUAUCACACACAGUCCAACAGACACUAUAGCCCCAGCCUGGAUUGACUCACCUAAUAUUCGAGGAACUCUGGAUAUCCUCCAGAGUUGCAUCCUGGCACUUAUUGCGUGUAUCUACACGGCUCUUCAUCUCGAUGUCCCUGUCAAGACGGCAUGGCAUUACAUAUUUCUCUACAAGCUCAAAUGGGUUGCUAUAACCCUCUUUGCGCCUGAGAUUGCUCUGUAUAUGGCAGCGGAUCGGUUACGACAGGCUUGGAACUUGAGAUCGAAGCUUCGAUCGUUGCAAAACACGACUCCUUCGGACCCAGAUCUUAUCGACAUUGACAUGGCCUACACGUUCUUCAUCAUCAUGGGCGGUGUUCGAGUCAACAUCGACGAUAUCUUGUCCUUCCCCGAACUUCACAACAAGGCCUUUCGGUUGUUCGAAUCGAUGGAACGGCCAUAUUCAGUACGCUUGAGCCCUCGAACAGUGACCUGGUUUGCAGAGAGAGGGCACUGGAUCCCGAUAUCGAAGAAAAAGAUCGACGACAAGAGCAAAGCGGAUUACUUCCAGAAGAUACUAGUGGUUAUGCAGGUCAUAUGGAUGGUCAUGCAGUGCAUUGCCAGGAAGAUUCAGAACCUGCCUCUUAGCUUGCUAGAGGUUCACACUAUGGUUCAUGUUGUGUGUGCGAUUUUCCUUUACUUGUGUUGGUUUAGGAAACCUCUCAACGUCCUGGAUUCUGAAAUUAUUAAUCCAGGAGAUUUCAAAGGAGAGAUAGCACUCCUUGUUCAGCGCCAAUUCUAUCCCAACAUGUCAACGAGACUGGCAUUGUUCCCUCCACAGCAACAUCCAGAUCAACCGCCUCCUCCAAGAAGAGGUAGCUUGAUGCAGCCAGAUCGGGUCACACCUAAACCCUUCAGAAUGAACAUUGAUGAUGUUUCAAGGGUAGAAGAGAUGCAGCUUCUCGAAGAAGCUCCUGAAUCAUCUUCUCGAAACUGGAUAGGUUGGUCUUGGAUGCGAAGACUAGCAAGACCUCCAGCCUAUGAGAGACUACCCGAUACCUGGGCGAACCCACGAUCAGGGCCUUGGGUAAAGCCAGAGCCAGGGCUGGAGAUGUGGCCUGGAGAUAUCCUACCAUCUGGGCUCUUAUAUCACUCCGAGUUUGCACAUAUACCCCUUAUACUAUCAGAGCAGUUCCUCCAUCGAUGGGACGCCAUCUUGUCAACCUUUCCAUUCCACAACCGCGAGGCUCUCGUAAAGACAGCGAGUUUCGUCAAAUCCGCAGACGAUGUUGGACCUCAGGCUGGCCAAGAUCUCUUCCUCGCUCGGCUACCAGAGUUCAAGCCAGUCCUCGACCCUGCGUACAGAACCAUGCCUUUCAGCGAGGGCAAACGAAACCUCGAUAUCAACUUCAGCAUCUUCACUGAAAGCGAAGGCGUCUUUGGUCUCUUGGGCUUCUUCCAACAGUUUCAGUGGCUCGCUGGUCUUGCGCUGCUUCUGUCUGGUAUCUAUGGUGGUGUUCAUCUGUCAGCUUGGAACUGGAGCUUUCCCAACUCUAUCGAGCAUUUGAUGUGGAAGAUAAGUUGUCUCUAUAUUGCGGGUGCGCUGGCAUUGUAUUUUGUCAUGGCAGUACUCGCUACAGCUGUGAGAACCGAUGGAACGACGUGGCUAGUGACUUAUAUCGCAUUUUGGCUUGCCUUGCUCGUCUACAUGGCUGCCAGACUAUAUGUUGUUUUCGAGUCCUUCUUUAGUCUGAGGCGGUCUCCUGCUGGGGUUUACAUAUCACCAGCUUGGGUUGAGAUGUUUCCUCAUUUCUAG